GAAAUCAUGUUUGUGCUCGGCUUGUUUCGGAAAUCAGUUGUGUCUUUGAAGCAGAAUGAAUGCUCGGAGAUCGAAUCGAGGAGUUGGCGCAUCCUCUGCCUUGCUGCACAUUCUUGCCCAACGAUCAUGCUCUAGCAGCUCCAAAAGCCUCGAGACGGUACUCGUGCUCGAUAUGCGAUCUCUCGAAGGGUCGCUAAGUGCCCACCGAAAAGUAUCUAGAGUACGAAGAUGCCCAAAAGCAUCCGAUUUCUAGAAACUGGCAUCGACUCUAAUGCUCAAGCCCUAAGAGUGACGAAGGAUCGAGCUCUAAGAGGGCAGUACCUGCCAAAGGACCCGGAAUCUUUUGGCAGGUCGAUCGGGUGGCCGGCAACAUCAACGGUGAAGUAAGCAGGCGGCGAGUAAAGUGGGAGCAGGCUCUCUCCACACCAGACUUAAGGUGUGGAGAGAGAUUGCAGCGACUUAUGUCAUGCUUGAGGUGUAAGCGACCGCGAAGGGACGAGCCGAAUUUCGCAGCGGCCAGGACGGACAAGGGAUGAACAUUUGGGUUGCUGACGAGCCUUGCAGUCCACGGCUUUGAAGAGAUAGGGAGCAACUCCGUGAUCUGGCUACGGGAUUUGAUCUUAUCCUCAGGCGGCUCAACCCAAUUAAAUCUGUGAUCCUUGUCUCUCAAAAUGGUUACUUUUACAUUUUGUAUGUAGGAAACGUUUUUUGUGCGUUCUGUGUUGCUAGCCUCCUCAGUGAGGAGGCUAGACAAAAUGUAGGUGAGGAGUCCUCACCUACAUUUUACUACGGGAUUCUAUACGAGUCCUCGGAGCAUCGAACGAAAUUUGAAGCAGAGGGCGUUGAUAACGAAGGUCUCUGAACGAGACGUAGAGGAAACAAUGCUUAAGGCCUACGGUUUCCUCUAUCCCUACGGAAGUCGCCGAGUUUAGAGUGAGUGAAGUGGAGAGAGAUGGAGUGCGGAGCAUUGCGCUCGCUUGUGCAUGCGAGAGGUCUGCAGCAGUUACGGCUGCAGACCACAGGGCCUCCGAAAUCUUCUCAGCGAGUGCAGGUGAGGAGAAACCUCCAAGUCCGUGCCGUCAGCACCGAAUCUACAACCUCGCGGGGCUUGCGAGGUCGUCGUGAGGAAAAUGUGGACGGAGAUCUGUACGUCGAUCGUUCCUGCAUAGAUUGCGACACGUGUCGUUGGAUGGCUCCGGAAAUAUAUUCGCGAGUUGGGGAGCAAUCUGUUGUGCACAAGCAACCAGCCACACCCGAGGAAAGACUGCGAGCUCUGCAGGCUCUCGUAUCAUGUCCCACAGGUUCUAUACGCACGUUAACUCCCUCCAAGGACGUUCUGCAGGCUCAGGAAACCUUUCCUCUUUGUAUCGAUGAGGACUUGCCGGGUGUGUAUCACUGUGGAUUCCACAGCGACAAAUCGUUUGGUGCUGCAUCGUAUUUCAUUCAACGACCAGAGGGCAACAUACUCGUCGACAGUCCUCGAUUCAAUGAGCGUUUGGCAAAGCGCUUGGAAACCAUGGGUGGUGUGAAGUAUAUGUUUCUUACUCACAAGGAUGACGUUUGCGAUCACAAAAAGUGGAAGAAAAGAUUCAACUUAACACGUUUCAUACACAAAAUGGAGGUCCAGCGGAACACUGAAGACGUUGAGGUGAAACUGGAAGGAACAGGCCCUUGGAAUUUAGGAUCUGAUAUUGAGAUGAUCUUCACUCCUGGUCAUUCCCCGGCACACGUCGUUCUCCUUUUGAAAGAUAGACGAGCGCUCUUCACUGGAGAUCACAUGGGCGCGUCGAUGAACAAUGAAAUCUUCAUCGAUCAAGUCCACAAUUGGUAUUCCGUCGAGGAACAAGCUAAAAGCUACGAGCUUCUUCUGCCGAAGGACUUUCUAUGGGUUUUACCAGGGCAUUGGCGAAGGUACAAGUUCCAAGACCUAGAAGACAAGAACACAUGGAUAAGAAAGGCUGUUGCUGACGCGAGGGGCGUGACCAACUAUGGCCGGUACAACUAGGUGCUACUGACGAUUCAAUGCACAUCUUCACAAAGUGAGGAUAAUUCAGCAGGAUAGUCCAUGUCUGUAAACUUCCUGCUGGUGCUGCUGUACAUAGGUGAACGCUGGCCGGGCAAUUAAGGCGCGGCUGUAGUCUUCAUGAUCACUUGUAAUAGAUGAAUGUAAUGAAAGAAUACUAUCGUUCUUUUAGUUUCCGAUGGAUGAGUAUAGUAACAACUCUCCGAGUGCAACGAUGGGUCUUCGAAAUUUCUCGAAGGCAGUUGUCUUGAUCUUCUGUUCUAAAUCUGCCUAUCGAUGAAAUGUAGAUAAUGAAGAAGAAUCGUCUCACACAAAUACGGUUAACAGUGACUAUUCCCCAAGCACAAACGUUACUAUGAACAGUAAAUUAAAAGAAGGAACAGAGUCCCUUACUGAAACUGCGAGGGAAAAAGUACGCAGUCAAUUGUCAUACAUGCUAUGAAUUGUGGUUGAUUUGAAGACGGAAAUAUUUGCAAAUAGGAGAAAUUUAUGG